UAAAAUUGGAACUAAAUAUUACUUUAACAGUCUUUUCCUGUUUUUCUUCACUAUUAUACUACGUUUUCACUUUGUCUUGUUACAAUUUCAUAGCUUUCUUCUCCAAAAUCUUAACCAUGGACAACACUUUCUUAACCAUUCUCUUCUUCCUCUUCCUCUCUAUUCUUCACCACCCUAUUUCUGCAUCAAAUCUACACAAAUUCAAGCAACUAAACUCAGAUUUUCUUGCUCAAUCCACAUCCUCACACCAUACUCACACUCCACCAUCACCAACCAAAUAUUUUGAGGUAACAAAACCCAUUCAACUCCCAAAAACAAAACCUUGUUCAUACCAUGUUCUUCACCAUGAUUUUGGUUACACAUAUGGAAGCCCCCCAGUUAUUGCUAAUUACACCUCUCCUUCUCAUUGUUCAUCUAACAAAUUUUCCAAAAUUGUUCUUGAAUGGAAAGCAACAUGUGUUGGAAGACAAUUUGAUCGCAUUUUUGGUGUUUGGCUUGAUGGUGUUGAGUUACUUAGAAGCUGUACAGCAGAACCAAGAACAAAUGGGAUUGUUUGGAUUGUUGAAAAAGACAUCACAAGGUAUCAAUCUUUGUUGUUGAAUCAUGAAAAAAAUCAAACUUUUGCUGUUUUUUUGGGUAAUAUUGUUGAUAAAACUUAUACUGGUGUUUAUCAUGUUGAUGUUACUAUUCAUUUUUACCCUUUUGUUGUUAACACUCAUGAGACAAAAAAGAUAAAUUCUUUAGCAUCUGGGAGUGGUUUUCAUGCUGAUUUGAUCUUGCCCAUUUCAAGGAAUCUUCCACUUAAUGAUGGGUUGUGGUUUGAAAUUCAAAAUUCCACUGAUGUAGGUUUGAAGGAAUUAGCUGUUCCUCGAAAUGCUUAUAGGGCUGUGUUAGAAGUGUAUGUUUCAUUUCAUGAGAGUGAUGAGUUUUGGUAUACUAAUCUUCCAAAUGAAUAUCUUGCUGCAAAUAAUCUUACCAAUAAUACCCCCGGGAAUGGACCCUUUAGGGAGGUUGUAGUUACUCUUGACGGGAAAGUUGCUGGUUCGGUUUGGCCUUUUACUGUGAUUUACACUGGAGGGGUUAAUCCCCUUUUGUGGAGACCGAUUACUGGAAUCGGCUCAUUUGAUCUUCCGUCUUAUGAUAUUGAAAUUACGCCUUUUUUGGGGACAAUAUUAGAUGGAAAGUCUCAUGUGUUUGGGUUUAGUGUGACAAAUGCGUUGAAUGUUUGGUAUAUAGAUGCAAAUUUACAUCUUUGGUUGGAUGCUGAGAGCAGUCGAACAGAAGGAGAACUUGUGAAUCACAUUGACAAACCUUUGGUUGAAUCGCUAGUAUCUGACUUUAUUGGUUUAAACGGAACGUUCUUGACUAGUGCAAAGAAGUCUAUUUUGACUACCGGAUGGGUUAGAUCCUCUUUUGGUAAUAUCACAACGAGUUUCGUUCAAAAUUUUGAUUACUACAAUAAAAUGGUAAUGGCGAAGGAUGGGGGCAAACAAACUGUGAAUCAAGUUAUAUUUUUCAACGACAGUGUUCGAGCUAAACUUCCAUUGUCCUAUCUAGAUUUGGUCGAUAACACACACCGAAGGUUUUCCCUUUACUUGGACACAGAUGAACUAGAGCAGAAUAAUGACACUUAUUUAGCUGUUUCAAAUGCUACAUUAGGAUUUGGUGUGAAUAAGUCUCGGAGCAAGGGUUCUGGAUUUUCAAAUAGCUUUCUAAAUAAUGUGCAAGAUGGCCAAGGUAAAAUGGUUGUUAAAAAGAAUCUGGUUAUUAGUGGAGUCGGUGAAACACAGCAAGAUUACGGAUAUAAAAGUGAUGAAUCUUGCUACUUCAGGAAAAUUGGCGUCUCAAAUUACACAAUUCUCUAUGAUAAAGUAAAGAAUUCAUGCAACAAAAGAAGUCGCUCUCGUUUUGGCCUUAACUAUAUCAGAAAGUUGCCCAUUAUGCUGUAGAGUGAGUCCCUUUCUAGUUUCAAUUAUGGAGAUUACUUCUGUAAUGACUGUUAAGUUCUUUUUAUUUUGCAUUACAUAUGGAAAUACUCAAGUCUUUCGAAUUUCUUUCUCUCUAUUGUUGUUGUUUUGCGUAGUUUCUCUGUAUGUGUUAUGGUUUGAAGUUUGUUGUGUGUUAAUUAAUUUGAGUUUGAACUUAAUGAACAUUGUGGAAACUUAAUUUCUGUUUUUUAGUAUUAAUCCGAUGCUGAGAUUUCUGUUUUCUGGAA